AUGUCUCGAGUUUACGGAGGGUACCUUCCAAGGGCCAGCAGUUUUUCUGCUUAUCAAUCGUACGGAGCUCUUGAUGGCCGGAGGGAAAGUGAGGGGCCCGAAGAGGAGCAGUGCGAAUCCUUCUGGCCAGCCGUGAGCGGGCUAUUCUUGAUUACUGCAGUGAUUGUUUUAAUACGAAGCAUUGGUGGAAAGUAGUUGCAAUAGGCUGUUUCACAGUAGGCCAACUUAGGUCCCAACUUUCAUCUCAACUUGAUGGCCAACUUCAACAAAGUUGAGGAGGAAGUUGGCCAACUCU